AUGACCGAGUGUGGGGAGGGGAAAGAGAGUCCGUGUUCUGGUAAGGAGGUGGGGGUUGGGGAGCAGAAAGUUGAGGAGGAGGUGGGUGAGACCCGGGACAAGAAGUGUUUUCUAAAAUAUCUGAUGGAAGGAGAGAUGGAGAAGGGUGAGACGAUAAAAGUUGACCAAAGGUCUGUCAGAAGAAGAAGGCCAAAAUAUACAAAAUCUGUUCUUAAAAAAGGAGAUAAAACCAACUUUCCCAAAAAGGGAGAUAUUGUUCACUGCUGGUAUACAGGAACACUACAGGAUUGGACUGUUUUUGAUACUAAUUUUGAAACGACUUCAAAGAAGAAGAAAAAUGCCAAGCUGUUAAGUUUUAAGGUUGGGAUAGACAAAGUUAUCAGAGGAUGGAAUGAAGCACUCUUGGCUAUGAGUAAAGUAGAAAAGGCUCGACUGGAGAUUGAACCAGAAUGGGCUUAUGGAAAGAAAGGACAGCUUGAUGCCAAAAUUCCACCAAAUGCAAAACUUAUUUUUGAAGUGGAAUUAGUGGAUAUUGACUGAAAUAGUAAAGACAUCAGCAACAAUAAAACACGGCCUUGAAGAAACUUAGGUAUCUAAUUAGAACUGGUUACUAUUGUAAGGGAAGAGUCAACUGGAAAAUUCAAG